CUAAGUUUAAGUACCAAACCAAACCCAAGCAUUGUUACAAAAUAUCAUACUGAUAUAUAGUUACGACUUCUGAACCUUGGCUGGCUUGGCAAAGUAAAGUAUUAUAAAUUCUCGCAUUCGAGAAUUUUUAAGGACUUGGAAAUUUAAUUUGUUAUUAAUAGUUACAACCCCAAAUUGAAAAGAUUUUCGAAAUUUCCCUGAGAUUUUCCCCGAAGCUUAUUUGACACAGAAACCCCCAAAGACUAGACGCUCCAAUAGAUGCAAUUACUGUCAAUCAGCAUCGUUGGGGGGCAAUUAUUAAAUCCAGUCAAUACCGAUGGAAAUAGUCACAACACGAGUGGUGGAAACCCGUUUUGGGGCGUUUGCCGACAGCACAUCAGCAAUAUCAUAAAUAUAUCUCUCUCAAUUUCUAUCUAUCCGAAGAAUAAGUGGUGCGGAAUCGCUAGAUCAAAAACUCUCAGUUGCAAUGCUAGCGACCGGUUUUACUAGUUCCGUUGUAUUGCAUAUACUGCAAGAACACAAAACAAAUAAAUAUCGUAAUCGCAUCAUGGAUUUCAUUCAUUCAGUGCCUUCCAGCAACUUGAACUAUAAUGAUCAGAGUUAGAACAUUCCUGUUGGUGUUCGUAUUGUUUGUUUUAUAUAUCCAACGAAAUUAUGCUUCCACCAAAGUUCUUUAUGAAUUUCACAUCAAGGAGGUCUUCGGGGAGAGAGAUGAAAAAGGUGAGCUCAAGGAUACGUCCGAGGAUUCUGGCGAGAAACCCGAACUGAUCAUCACGGGCAAACGCACCUCCUCAUACUUUUUGACCGGCCAAGAGACCAACUAUGUGUAUGUGGAAACGGCCACCUAUGUGGCCGACAACAGUGGCUAUCAUGUCAAGUACAACUUUUCCCUGGACCCCCUGGAGAUUGACAAACGUCUCAACGGACAAACACUUAAAAGCACCGUUGGUUAGACGGCACAUCAAGUAUUAAAUUAGUGACUAAGAAACUAGUUGUAGCAAAUACUAAUUUAUUUAUUAAAACUUAGAAGUUCCCCGAAGUUCUAGCGCCAUUGGAAAAAAUAAACGAAAACUUUGAAAAGCAA